CGUAUUAAAAUUUUUCAUGACGUGUUGGCAUCGGGCAUUAGUAGCAAUUGUGAAUAGAAAUAGCUAAAACUUUUAGAUUAUUUAUUUUACAACCAUUUAAACUCUCAAAUAAUGUUGCAAUACAUUUCUUAUGUUUUGCUAUUGUUUUGCUCAACUCAGGCAGUGUUUGGUUUGUAUUUCCACAUUGCUGAGACGGAACGAAAAUGCUUUAUAGAGGAAGUUCCCGAUGAGACUACUGUGAUUGUAAAUUACAAAGUGGAGCUCUAUGAUCCUCGGUCCAAUGGCUUUAUGCCUUCAUCACCGAACAUUGGAAUGCACGUCGAAGUGCGUGAUAGCGACGAUAAGAUGAUUCUGUCUCGUGUCUAUAGUUCAGAGGGUCGCAUUUCCUUUGUGUCCCAUACUCCCGGUGAGCAUGUUAUCUGCAUGUACUCAAACAGCACCGCCUGGUUCAGUGGAUCACAACUGCGUGUCCAUUUGGACAUCCAAGUAGGAGAGCAUGCUAUCGACUAUGCCAACGUAGCCCAGAAGGAAAAGUUGACUGAACUUCAGUUACGUAUCCGGCAACUGCUUGAUCAGGUCGAACAAAUCACCAAAGAACAAAACUAUCAACGAUACAGGGAAGAACGUUUCCGACACACAAGCGAAAGCACAAAUUCACGAGUACUUUGGUGGUCCGUGGCACAGACCGCUGUUUUGGUCAUCAUGGGAUUCUGGCAGAUGAGACAUUUGAAGAGUUUCUUUGAGGCGAAAAAAUUAGUCUAAAAGAAGGAGACUUACGAGCAUUGUGGUGUAGACAGAAUUUUAAGUGUUUUCUUUCUCUAAGGUCUCAAUAUUCUUUACUUUUGUUUCUUUAAUCAUAAUUCCCCUUUUCCCUCGGACAUUCUCUUGAAACAAUUUUUUUGUUUUUUAUUUUGUAAUUGAAGUCAUGUAAAUCAAACGAAGAAAUUAAAUAAAGGAUUUUUUU